AAGUACAACUCUACACAGUAUCGUGACAAGAAUAAUUAGUAUCACGGUCAACAUCUCAUCUCUAACAGUUUACUCCGCGCGUUUGCAAUCCGCUGACCUAUUUUGUACGAAGUAUAACGUAGCUCUGUUUUCCAUCAGAUUGAAAUAUUUUUGUAGUUUUUCUCAGUGUUUGUGGUUGGUGAUUCACUUCGAAAAAUCAAAAUAAUCGAAAAUGGCUUCAUUGUUACAUGACGUUGAUACACCAACCAAACAAGCUACGUUUGCUAUGGCUUGUUUCUGGUCUCCGGAUUGCAUUUUUGGUGUUCAAAAAGGCGUUAUUAGAACACGAGUAGGUUACAGCGGAGGCACAGCACAAAAUCCAACGUAUCGGAAACUAGGAGACCAUACCGAGUCAAUCCAGAUCGAUUACAAUCCCAAUGCAAUUGAAUACAAAGAAUUACUCGAUAUUUUCUGGAAGAAUCACGACCCAACUUCCAAGAUGAAGAGACAAUACACAUCGUUGAUUUUUUAUCACGACGAAGAACAGAAACAAAUUGCUGAGAAAUCAUUCAAAGAAAAAGAAAAUGAAGCUGGCCAACCUCUGGUGACAGAAAUCUUACAAGCCAGCACAUUCUACGAUGCUGAAGACUAUCAUCAGAAAUACAGAUUGCAACAGCAUCCUUGGCUUUGCAAGGCAGUAGGCUUGCAAUCUGGAACUGAUUUUAAACGAUCUCAUUUGGCUGCUAGAUUGAAUGGUUACGUUUAUGGGCAAGGUACCCUUAAGGGCUUCAACGAAGAAGUUGAAAAUCUCGGUUUGAAUGAAAAUGUGGCUGAUUUUGUUCGGACAUUGAUAAUCAAGAACGAGGGACAAGGAUUGACUUGUUAAAUAGGUAGUUUCGUGUUUUGUGCAUCACAUUUUUACAUCAUUCAUCAUCGUGUCUCUGUAUUUAAAUAAAUAUUUUGUAAUUUUA